AAACGUGCUUGCAGAGUUUGUGCUGGGGCUGGUGCUGAAGGAAAGGGAACACACACACACUGACUUAAUGGUGCUGUAAUAACCUUCAUUUUGUCUUCUUUUUUUCUCAACUGCACACUGAAAAUCUCAUGUCUUAAAUGUAGACAUGGUGAACUUUAUGAAAUCCAGGACUUUUCUAUUUUUUGCUGUUUUUGUGGUUCAUGUUUUUGUUGUGAAAUGUCAAGGAAGUGGCGAUGAACUGGGUUGUUCAAAGGAUGGUCAGACCUACACAAAUAGAGAUAUAUGGAAACCACAGCCAUGCCAAAUCUGUGUUUGUGACAGUGGAACUAUUCUCUGUGACGAGAUUCAAUGUGAGGAGAUUCUGAACUGUGAAAAACCUGUAAUACCUUUUGGAGAAUGUUGUCCAAUAUGUCAAGAUGGAGAGGGUGGCGAUAGAGGCGAUGGAGGCAGGGGAGGCGGUGGCAAUGAAGGCAGCGCUGGUAGAGGAUAUAAGGGCCAGAAAGGAGAACCAGGACAAGUCCCUUAUGUAAUAGGUAUAACAGGUCGCCCAGGCCCAAUGGGCCCACCAGGUUCACAGGGACCCCGAGGUGAACAAGGAUACAAAGGAAGGCCGGGUCCUCGAGGUCCCCCUGGCUAUGAUGGUGAGCCUGGUGUUCCUGGGAGGCCUGGAGAACCUGGCCCCAUUGGCCACCCCACACACUCUGGGGGGAACCAAUUUUCACCUCAAAUGAUGGGAGGAGCUGAUGAGAAAUCAGGAGUCAGCGGCCAGCUCGGAAUGGUGCCUGGAUCAAUGGGUCCAGCAGGAGCAAGGGGGCCUCCAGGGGUUACAGGCCCACCUGGUCCUCCAGGUCCACAAGGUGCACCAGGAGAAGUUGGGGAUCCAGGAUCAAUGGGUCCAGUUGGUGCUAGGGGUCCUGAGGGUCCGUCUGGAAAACCAGGUGAAGAUGGAGAACCUGGGAAGCCUGGUCAGCCAGGAGAAACUGGGUUUCCUGGAUCUGCGGGUGGAAGAGGUUUUCCCGGGGCACCUGGUCUCGCAGGUAUAAAGGGGCACAGGGGACAUCCUGGAACAAUUGGCCCAAAAGGGGAGCGUGGAGCUGUUGGGUCAAAGGGUGAACCUGGCCCAGCUGGUCAAAUGGGUCCAGUAGGUCCAGAGGGUCCAAGAGGAAUUCCAGGAGAGAGAGGACGGUUUGGACCAUCAGGAGCCACAGGUAGACGUGGUUCUCAAGGAAACGUUGGUAAAACAGGUCCCAUGGGUUCUGUUGGUAUAAGUGGCCCCCCAGGUUUCCCAGGUCCUCCAGGAACAAAGGGUGGACCUGGGGCUACUGGAGUUCGAGGACCUGCAGGGCCUCAAGGCCCUCGGGGUGAAACAGGACGUCAAGGCAACAUUGGAACUUCUGGUCUACAAGGUCCUGCUGGGACAGAUGCUGGCCCUGGUGCUAAAGGUCCAGUGGGGAGCGUGGGUGUCCCAGGUCCACAUGGCCCUCCUGGUCCACUAGGAUCACCUGGACCUGAGGGGAGUAGCGGGCCACCGGGCAUCAAAGGCCAACCAGGAGACAUUGGCAUUCCAGGAUUCAAAGGAGAAGCAGGGCCGAAAGGGGAACCGGGUCCACCUGGGGCUCAAGGUGUAAUUGGUCCCCAAGGUGAAGAAGGAAAGAGAGGACCCCGUGGAGACUCAGGAUCUGUUGGCCCUCAAGGUCCAACUGGUGAAAGAGGUGCUCCAGGUAAUAGAGGUUUCCCUGGUGCUGAUGGAUUACCUGGUCCAAAGGGUGCACAAGGAGAUCGUGGCAUAACAGGUACCUCUGGUCCUAAAGGCUCUGUAGGAGAUCCUGGCCGCACAGGUGAACCUGGGCUUCCUGGGGCAACGGGACUUACUGGAACUCCUGGUGUUCAGGGUCCUGAAGGAAAGCCUGGGCCACUGGGUGCAUCUGGAGAAGAUGGGAGACCAGGACAACCAGGAUCAUUGGGUACAAGAGGCCUUCCAGGUGUCAUGGGAUUACCAGGCCCAAAGGGUUUUAAUGGUGACCCAGGAAAGACUGGUGAGCUGGGUUCUUCGGGUGCACCAGGACAAAGGGGUCCACCUGGCAAAGACGGUGAAGUUGGCCCUGCAGGUCCAGCAGGUCCACAUGGAGUAGCAGGAGACAGAGGGGAGCAAGGGCCUCCUGGUCUAACAGGUUUUCAGGGCUUACCUGGUCCACCAGGUCCACCUGGGGAGUCUGGAAAGCCAGGUGAUCUGGGUAUUCCUGGUGAGGCUGGUGCUUUCGGUCAAAUAGGCCCAAGGGGAGAGCGUGGCACUCCAGGUGAACGAGGUGAAUUGGGAGCUCAUGGUCUUCAGGGUCCUAAAGGUAUUCCUGGAGCUCCAGGUCCUGAUGGUUCAAAGGGGGUAACCACUAGAACCGGGUGUCCAGAAUCCCCACCAGGUCUUCAGGGAAUGCCAGGAGAGUGGGCAUCUCCGUAGAGUCCAGGAUGGCCCAAAGGGACUAGAGGUUCUCUUGGUGAAAAGGGAUCAGAAGGUACUCCUGGUAAUGAUGGUGCUAGAGGUCUUCCAGGCCCAAUUGGGCCUCCUGGAUCAAAUGGUCCCUCUGGUGAAAAAGGUGAACCUGGCCCUCGUGGUCCACCUGGUCCUGAUGGAGCCCGAGCAAGUCCUGGAGCUCGUGGUGAACCUGGUCCUAGUGGCCCUGUUGGAUUUGCUGGUCCACCUGGUCCUGAUGGUCAGCCUGGUGUUAAAGGUGAACCAGGUGAGCCUGGACAAAAGGGCAAUGCUGGAUCUCCAGGGCCCCAAGGAUUGUCUGGAUCCCCUGGACCAGGAGGUCCUCCUGGGGUUGCUGGACUAAAGGGUGGUCGUGGUACUCAAGGCCCACCAGGUGCAACUGGUUUCCCUGGAUCUGCUGGCAGAGUUGGCCCACCUGGUUUAACUGGUCCUGUAGGUCAGCCUGGACCUCUUGGUUCUCCUGGAAAGGAAGGUCCUGCAGGUCUGAGAGGUGAUACUGGUCCACCUGGACGCCAAGGAGAGCGUGGAGCUGCAGGGCCUUCUGGAGGCCCAGGAGACAAAGGGGACUCUGGAGAAGAUGGCCCAACUGGUCCCGAUGGCCCUCCAGGUCCUUCAGGAACAACAGGACAAAGAGGGAUUGUUGGUUUGCCAGGUCAGCGAGGUGAAAGAGGAAUGCCUGGUCUUCCAGGGGCACCUGGCACUCCAGGAAAACAAGGUGCAUCUGGUACCUCAGGUGACAAAGGCCCCCCAGGUCCAGUUGGCCAACCAGGUUCCAAAGGUCCUGUUGGAGAUCCAGGUCCAGAUGGACAUGCUGGAUCAGAUGGCCCUCCAGGUCGUGAUGGCGUCCUAGGUGACAGAGGAGAUCGUGGAGAGAUAGGUCCUGCAGGUCUGCCAGGUGCUUCAGGGGCUCCUGGUUCUCUAGGACCUGUUGGCCCUACUGGUGAGCCUGGAAGAAGAGGUGACCCUGGUUCACGUGGUCCGCUGGGUCCUUCUGGUCUAGCUGGGAAACGAGGAUUACCUGGUCCUCAAGGCCCCAGGGGUGACAAAGGAGAACACGGAGAUCAAGGAGAAAGAGGCCAGAAGGGUCACAGAGGCUUUACAGGAUUACAGGGCUUGCCUGGUCCUCCCGGUACUACUGGUGAGCAAGGUAGUGUUGGUAUUGUUGGACCCUAUGGCCAGAGAGGAUCACCAGGACCAGUGGGCCCUCAAGGCAAAGAAGGAUAUAUCGGACAGCCUGGUCCAAUGGGACCUCCUGGCACACGAGGACUCUCUGGUGAAGUUGGACCUGAAGGUCCUAAUGGAGAACCUGGUCCUCCUGGUCCUCCUGGUGCUCCUGGUCCUCCAACUGCUGCUGUGGAUGAUUUAUAUGGUCACCAAGAUUAUGACGUUGGCCCCCCACCACCUCCAGAGUUCAAUGAAGAUGAAGCAGUUCCAAACAGCAAUAAAUCAGAUAUCAUAACUGCUGACCCAGGUGUCCAAGCUACCCUGAAAGCUCUUGGUAGCCAGAUAGAAAACCUGCGCAGCCCUGAUGGAACUAAAACACACCCAGCCAGGACGUGUGAUGAUCUGAAAUCAUGCUACCCAUUAAAAAAAAGCGGUGAAUACUGGAUUGAUCCCAACCAGGGUUGUGCUGAAGAUGCCGUGAAAGUGUAUUGUAAUAUGGAAACUGGAGAGACUUGUAUUUCUGCAAACCCAUCCAGUAUCCCACGUAAAACAUGGUGGAGUACAAGGAAUCCCACUAACUUUAAGCCAAAAUGGUUUGGAGCAGACAUGAAUGGCGGUACACUUUUCAGCUAUAGCAGCAACGACCAGUCAUCAAACACUGUCACUGUCCAAAUGACGUUUUUGCGUCUGCUGUCAAAGGAAGCCUCACAGAAUAUCACAUACCAUUGCAAAAACAGUGUGGGUUACAUGGAUGAAACAAAUGGCAAUCUAAAGAAAGCUGUUGUUCUUAAAGGUGCCAACGACCUUGAUCUUAAAGCAGAAGGAAACAGUCGGUUCAGAUACAAUGUCCUUGAGGAUAGCUGCACUAAAGCCAAUGGCAACUGGGGUAAGACAGUCUUCGAAUACAGGACACAGAAAACAGCUCGUCUUCCCAUUGCGGAUAUUGCUCCAGUGGACAUUGGCGGUGCGAAUCAAGAAUUUGGUAUCGACAUUGGGCCAGUUUGCUUCUUGUAAAUAAAGGACAUGGAUUCAUUGAAGUUUUUUCCUGAGACUCUUGAACUAGUGGCUGAUUUGAUCAGCACUGUACAUACAGUACCUUGGAACAUUCUGGCCACCAAAAUAUUUAUUGUGCCUUUGAACCUUUUUUGUGUUACAAGAUUUCUAAGUAGAUUUUUAGUGUAGCAAACAACAGGGGUCUUAGUGUUUAAUUGGCUCAUGAUUCCAUUGGUAAACUAUAAAAUCAAUUAUUGUUGGUUUUGUGGAUGCAUAUAAAAGGAUGUUGAAGCAUGAUAGACCUUCAAGCUAGGAUUUUCUAACAAUUUAGUAAAUUCAAACUUCAAACGUUUCUGUCUGGGCGUUUGAAAAUAAAUAAAAAACACAUACACACGUUUGAGUUCUUAUGAAGUGCUGAUAGUCAGCCUCCCCCUUAAUUACCACUCUGAGAAACAACUGAGUUGCUAUCACAGUGUACUUUCACUUAAAAUCUACUAGCUUAUUAAACUGCCGUUCAAGUUCUGAAUGUUUUUAGUAUCAACAUUUAACAAAGGGUACAAUAACAAGAGCCUUUUAAUAUUGUUUUCAGGUCAGUGAUACUGCGUAAUGAACUGCGUAAGUUUCUGAAGCUUAAAUCUGUAGCCAAGCAUUGCCUUUUCCAUACUGACUUGCUAUCACUUUAGUUCAAAGAUAAUGAAUAGUUCGAACAAGUAAUUCCUUAGUGUAAGCUACCUCAUCUCGAAAAACUGGGAUGCAUUGUUGUCUCUCUUUAAACAUGUUGGUGCUGUAUUUUGAAAGGUAUCUGAGUGUAGCUGUCUCAGUAUUGCAAAAAGGCAGGGUUUGAUGGUGCUGAUACAUAUAUGUUCUUUCAGCUGCUGAUGUAGCAGAUCAAAAGGCUACGAGUUGUUCUUUAUUAUUCUUUUAGUGGCAGUGAAAUACAAUAAAGGUCAGCAUGUUUUAUUAUGUAAAGCGUGUGGGUAGAAAAGUCUUUCAAAUAUUUUGGCUUUACUUCCUUUUGCUCACUGCAUUAUUUUCCUUUUUUUCUAAUAAAAUUUGGAAAGGAAAGCCAA